AUGAAGAUUUUAAAAGGUGAAAGUAUUGUGGAUGGUGCUAUUGCAAGAUGUCGGAGUAUGUAUGGGCAUGCUCAUGAUUAUAAUAUCAACUCUAUCUCUAAUAAUAGUGAUGGGGAGACGUUUAUCUCUGCUGAUGACCUUAGGAAAAACUUGUGGAACCUUGAGGUGAGUGACCAAUGCUUCAAUAUCAUUGACAUGAAGCCAUCAAACAUGGAUGAUCUUACAGAGGUGAUAACAUCAACAUAG